AUGUCUACCCCGCGUCGACCUUCCCCCGCAUACACUGCGCCUCCGGAAUCGUCGGUCUUUGCAACCUCUCAGCUGUACAGAUCGAUCUCCGAGACUGCCUCUGAUGCGUCCGCCCGUGAGCUGAAGUCAUCGUUCACCAUCCGUCCUUGCUCCGGCCAAGCAUGGGUCGUCCCGGCAGGUCACGUUUGUCGAUUGACCACUCCGCUCGGACCUCAGGUCGGCGAUCUGAACAUCUGGAAUGCGAAGAACCCUCGUGAGCGACUUUGGGCCGCUCGCACGCGUCAGAUUCAUGCGUCGCACGUCUCUGUCGGUGACCGGCUUUGGUCGAAUUUGCCAUACUUGCGGCCUCUGGUGUCGAUCACUGGUGAUUCCUUGGGAGGCGGGCAGCUGCAUGAGGUGCUGGAUACUGAAGGAAAGCGGAAGCCAGGUGUAGGAUUCGGGACAACACAAUGGGGAGGACGGGUUCAUGAUCUCCUGGGCACUAGAUGUGAUCCGUACGUCAACUUGCUUAUGGGUGGGGAGACGUUUGAUUUCCAUUGUCAUUCGAACCUCACCCGUGCGGUGGUGCCGUAUGGAUUGACGGAGUUGGAUGUGCAUGAUGUUCUGAAUGUCUUCCAGGUGACCGGAUUGGACGAGGAGGCCAAGUAUUUCAUGGAGACUUCACCCGCAAAGCCAGGGGAGUAUUUCGAAUUUUUUGCAGAAGUGGAUGUGCUCUGUGCGCUUUCCGCUUGUCCCGGGGGCGAUCUCUCCAACUGGGGCUGGGACGACAAAGAAGGAGACAUGGGUGCGACCACUCGUCCCCUUGGUGUAGAGGUCUACCAGUUAUGUGACUCCAAGGUCCUGGAGGGGUGGACGGAGCCGGAGAGUCCGAAAUACGCCGGCAUGCAUGGGUUGCGAAUGCCCCCUAGACCGGAAGACGGAACAGGCUAUGUUGGACAGUAG